GCCACAGGAAGUCAGUCUUUUAUUUUGAACUCUCAGUUACUGGAAGCGUGAGGUUUACAACUCUCACUCCUUCACAGUUCAUGUUAACAUUUGCUUUUCCGGCAGUUGUACAAAAAUGAGAGGGAGAUACAAAAGAAGGGACCCGAAGGGAAGAAGCGACGAGACGACGGACGGCGCUGGGCUCUCUCCUCUCCCGGGACAAACCGCGGCGGGUUCAGCCGAACCUGACGCACCUCCUCCGGGCUGCAGGGUCCAGGAUCUGUCCGGCGGCGGCGGCGGUAAAAAAGGUGCACACUGUUCCCUCUACGGCGGUGACAAGGUUUACCUCGGAGUCCGAGUCAAAAUGCCCGUGAGGGAUCUACUUAGGAACGUCCGCCUCGCCCGAGGCUGGGAACCGCAAGACUCUCAGGAGACAUGCAGCAAAAGAGUCAAAGGGGACAAGAAACGAGUCAAAACUCGCUCAGGAUGCCGAACGACCAAAAUAAAAUGCCCCACCAAAAGCCUGGAGGAGCUGGCAAUCAUCGUGGAGGUGCUGGAGGAGGAUCUCAGGACCGGCAACACCUACCGCUCCUCGUCCCAAACUCUGUCCUCCUUUGACCCUCCAGUGUCCCCUGAGUGGUCUCCAACUGGCUACAACAGCGAAGAGUCAGAUGAAAUGAUCCCCAGCCCCCGGUCCUACAUGAGCUACUCCCCCGGCACAGCUGAGUACUACAAGGCCCCGUCGCCUCCUGUCUUCAUGCACGCCGGCCUUCAGCCUCCCGGCGCUGCGAGCGUGGGGCGAGACGACAGAAGAGGGGAGGAGUGGUUCGAUCCCAUGAACCACGACUGGAGCCUGAACAGCUCGGCGUUCUUCUGGACUCAGCUGCAGAAGGAGGAGAGUCAGCUGAGGGACGUCUCUGACGCAGUGCUGCUCGCCACCGACGAACACGGCAGAACAGCUCUCCAUAAAGUGGCGUGCGUUGGAAAGAGGGCGCUGGGCUACGCCAUCGCCAAAAGGAUGGCCGCACUCAACAGCCUGGACCGGAAAGACUCUGAUGGAAUGACCGCCCUCCUGCACGCAGCCAAUCACAAUCAUCACCUCAUGGUGGCAGAUCUGAUCCGAUUGGGCGCCAACGUCAAUGAGACGAACAACUCGGGAAAGUCCUGCCUCCACCUCAGCGCUGAGAAAGGCUACAUCCGAGUCCUGGAGGUUCUUAAACACACGAUGACGGACGGUGUGUAUGUUGACGUGGAAGCCACUGAUAACUGUGGAAUGAGCGUCCUGCAGUGUGCGUCCGUGGCCCUGAAGGCCACAGUCUGUGAGCUGGAGAACAGCAAAUCCCCCGAUCACACCAGGCUGCACACGCUGCGGCAGGAGCAGAUGAUGGAGACCCUGGAGUGUCUGCUGCACAUGGGCAGCUACCUUCAUACCAUGGGAAGCCGGAGCUUGCGACCUACAGUGGUCUGACGCCCCGGCUCGUCCGCCCGGCAGGGCGUUUUGGAGACCCAACAGUAAUGUUCUGAGUUGGUUCAGGCUUGAAUUCGUCACAGAGAGACCAUAGUUAACGGGGUUGUUUUCUCUCUUAAGGAUGAGUUCAGGCCUGUUAUGUAAAGCAUCUGAUGUUUUGUGUGUGGUAAAAAUGCCUGACUUGCAAUCAGGUGUUUAUCGUAACCUGCACAGAAACAUCCGAUGCCCAUUAGCUGGUUUCUGUGAGACUUCCAUUGUUUGUUACGUUGGAGUAACAAGUUGUCCUCAUUCAGUGUCUGUGGAGAUCCAGAUGUAAAAUCCUGUGAGAAUAUUUUAGAAACAGUUGCUGUUUAUUGUCCAGGUUUUUGUCCAGACCUGGACAAUAAAUAUGUGAAUAAAGAUUAUUCUUUUGUCUGAGAUUCAGAGCCAUAGAUUUUACAUAUUGGAUCUUUUGUACUAGAGGACAUGAAAAGUUUUAGUAAGUCUUGUAUGGUGAUGGGUUGUAAUUAUGGUUUCAUUUCACUGCCUUCACAUGAAUGCCCUUUUUAAAAACACAGCUUUUAACCAGUCACGUUCCGGGAGGUUUUGGGUUUUGUUUGGUUUUUUUAUGUUUAGCUAGCUUAGCUCGAACACCGGAGGCAGGAGGACGAGUGAAGGGCAAAGACGCUUUCCAGCGUAUCAUCUGUGUUUGAUACGCAACAAAACAUUGUGAUUUGCAAUUAGCUUGUCGAAAUCCUGAAGCUUUAGUCAAUUUCCUGGAUAAUUAUCAACAACAUGUAAACAGACAGUUUCCCUCCUGCCUGUAGUCUUUGUGCUAAGCUAGGCCAAGCAUGUCCUGAGUCUCUGAACACAGAGAUUAAAACUGAUAAUAACCUUCUAAACUAACUUGUCAAAACAGCAGAUAUUGAUAUUAUUUUUUUAUGUCAGUGUAUUCCUUUAUAACUAUGAUACAAUCAUCCUUUUAAAGGCUUAAAAUAUUAGUCGUACUCUGAGCAAAAAACAUUGUGACGUUCUCGUGCCACCGUGUUCACUGUGGUGUCUGUUUCUGAGAUGCUCCGACUCGAGUCAGCUGUUCACUCCCUCCCUUCAUCUGUGAGUGGUCGAAACGUUUUGGCUCAUCGUGUGUUUGUUAUUGUUUAAGCCAUUUAUCAGGUGUGUGAUGUGCCUCAGAUCAGUUGAAGCCAUAUGAUCUAUUCAGUCUGAUAAUCUAAUUUACUUUAAAGUGUAUCCUGCUUAAAGUCGUGUUGUUGUUGUUGUUU